GAGGGUGGGGAGAAGGGUGGUCCAUCAGGGGGAUGUUGAGGGCCCACAUCCAUGCAGCUGUGUGGGGGCGUUAGCUCUGGCAGCUAUUCCCACAUCUCUUGGGAGUUUCAUUUCAACUUUCCCUUUGUUUCUCUGCGGCCGGCCUGUUCUGUGCAGGGGAGUUUCUGAUAAUGUGGAACCAAAAAACAAACCCCUUUCCCCCCUAAAGCAGAACACAAGAGGCAGAACAGAUUCAAGAGGACGAAGGAGAAGACGGUGGACAAACAGAAGAACUGAAGUGUCAAGGCGACUCUAGAGGAGAAGCAGAUGGCUGCUGUGGUCGCUGGCCUGGCUCGGCUCCUACAGCCAGCCAUGAUGUUCCCUGGAGGUGAGCCUGGCUGCCGAGGCCUGGCCCCCUGGUAUCUCCUUCUGGGGCUACGGCUGGUGGCCCUUUUCAUCGCCGAUGGGCCCUGGUCCUCUCCCAGCCCUGACCUGGUCUGCAACUGGACCUCGGUGGAGGCGGACAGUCGGCCUUUCUGCAGUGUGCUCUGCUUCAACCGCCACUUUCCUUCCCCUGUCUCCUCUGCGUGGGGUUUUGCCUUUUUGGCUGCCCUGCUCCCAGUGGGACUAAUGGGGCUCAUAAGGACUGGAUCCAAGCACCAGAGAAAGGCGGCAAAGGAAGGAGACGAGGAGCUCACUGACAUCACUAGUGUGAGCCACGACAUGGCCGCCGGAUCCAGCAUGGCUCCCGGAACGAUUCCUUUGCCCAAAAUGGUUCCAUCGGAACCCAAGAUGUCUCCUCGUUGCACCUGGCCCUCAGCGGCCUUCGUUUUCUGCGUGUUUCUCCUCCUGGCCAUGGAGCUGGGCUUCUUCUGGGUUGUGAUAUUUCUGCAGAUCCCAUCAGUGCUUCGCACAACCUUCUUAUGCCUUCCAGGAGCACACUCCUGCCCUGAGGCACUGGAAUGUGCCCUGGCAGGCCAAGCCGACAAGCACAUGGCACUGUGGACGUUGGCUUUCACAGCUAUUGUCAACAUGGCGGCUUGCCUGGCCUACCUUCUCCUGACUCUAAGGAGGGCUUUCCGAUGCCACAGAGGAAAAUAACAGAGCCAAAGAAGAGAGCAGGGCCAGCCCACCCAUGAGGCAAGGUGAGGUGACCGCCUCAGACAGCAGGAUCCACAUGGCCAGCGGGUUCCGAUGCAGUUCUUUAUUCCCCCAUGUUCCUGAGGUAGAUCGUCACUCAUUUUCCCCUGGUGGGGAUGGGAGCACCAUUUUGUGGUUUGCCUUGGGUGGCAAAAUUUAUUGAGCUGGCCCUGGAGAAGAGAAUGCAAGAAAGUGGACUGUGAAGGAGACCAAUGACAUACUCCGGAACUGCCAUCCACAUGGAUUAUUAACACGUCGGGGAACAUUUAUCAGCAUUUUAGUCCGAUUUUCUACCAGUAAACAUACAUUUGUAUGCAGUAUUGAUUUAUGCACAUGUUUUUGCAAGGUCAUCAUGCAUAUUUGUAUGCCAUUUUCACUAACAUGUUCAUUUUUGUAAUGCAUUUUGGGAACCAUUUGUUUACUACAUCCUAAAAUAUGGACGGUGUGAAUUUCAAA